CCCACUUUUCCCCCCUUUUUUCAUGUUCAAAGUUACGUAAUCAUAUUGACAACAUGGCGGAGUUGUUGACCCUACAAAAUUUUAUCGAUGGAAAAUUCGUGCCUUGUGCUCAAUACAUAGACAGCUAUGACCCCUCAACUGGCAAACCACAUGCUCGAGUGCCCGACAGUGAUAAUAAAGAGAUCGAACUCGCGGUACAAGCGGCGAAAAAGGCCUCCCCUAGGUGAGAGUGCGUAUUAUUAAAGAUACUAUCAAAGACUACUUGCCUCGUGGCGCCCCUCUUGAUUUUGGAUCAAAUUGUUAAAGCGAAUGAAUUUAGUUCAAAAUGAAGCAAAAAGAUGGUUUCAAAGAUAUGUUAAAUAACAUUGCACGUGCAUAAAUUACAAAACACGAGGUAUAAACUAUAAACAGUGACAGCCGGCUAUGUAGUUAAUAUUAAACAUGGGUCACAAUAUAUGGUAAUUAAUACUAUAGUUAAUAUAAAAUUAAGUUAAAUUUUUAUAAAAUAAACCGAACUCAUUCCCAAACCUAAUGGUAAAUGUCUAGUAAUAAAUUUGAAGGUUAAGAUAUGGUGGGCAAAAAGUUUUAGAAAACUUUGAAAUCAAAUGAAACGGCCCCAGGCUGGAUUUGAACCUGUACAUUUCUACUGCAUAGACAACAGUGUUAACCAAUAUGCCACCAACAAGGUUGCUGAAUGCAACUGCAAAAAUUGUAUUACUAACAGGGGCGCUGGAAAGUCGAUAGUUGGGGGGCAGAUAUUCAUAUAUUCAUGUUCACAGACUGUAAAAACAAUCGCUUUCAAAGGAAAUAAAUGAUGCAGAACAUGAAUAUAUGAAUAUCUGCCCCCCAAUUAUCGACUUUCCGGCACCCCUGAUUACUAAUACAAAUUGCCAGCUAUUAAAUAACUGGCACGUUUACUGGCAAGUAACAGCUGCGUCACCUGCUACACCCAAAACAUUAAAAUGUAUAUUUUAGCUGGUCGAAAACCCCAGUAAAAGAAAGAGCAAAAAUUAUGAUGAAAAUAGCAGAUAUCGUAGAAUCUCGUCUGCAUGAGUUUGCCGCAGCCGAAUCAAAAGAUCAAGGCAAGCCAGUGUGGUUGGCAGAAAUGAUUGAUAUUCCAAGAUUUUUGUUGAAUAUGAGAUCUUUUGCUGUUGCUAUUCAGAAUCAGGUCAAUAGGUAGGUGAUGAAUAUUUAACCUGUUGUCCAAUAUUGGGUUAAUAUUCCCUGUCACAUUCUUCCUAGAGUUCCAAUAAUGUCCACCAUAUUCAUUGUGAGUGACGUAGGGGGUAUUUGACCCACUGUGAUCACCUACUUUAGAAACCAGGGUGCAUGCAGGGGGCAACCCCCACCACACCCCACCCCAGCCAAGCCUUUCAAUGUGUAACAAAGUUGUAACAAUAAAUUUUCAACCAUGAAAGCAAUUUCGUAGGCUAUAAAUUAUUAGCUACUGCAUGCAAAUAUUGUAGGAAAUUUAAAGCAAAAAAGAUUAGAGAAGUAACUAAAAUUUCCAGCAACAAAAGGUUGUCAUGUGUUGCCAAGCUAAUUUUCGUGAAGUGCCUGCAUUCUCUGUGUAUUUGUCAGGUAGUUCAUCACUUCCCAUCAAUUUGAAGCUUUCUUACCAGUAUUGACACUACCCUUAACACCAGCGAAGACUGUUCAGUUGUUCAGUAUUAGAAUAUGUACUAAAAACCUGUCGAUGUUCGAAUAGUGUAAUAUGUACUUUACAUUAAUGUUUUAUCAUUUUGUUUCCACACUUGUAAUAUGUUUCAGAUCCACAGUACUUAAAGAGCAAGGUGCAGUUAACUACACGACACAUAAUCCAGUGGGCGUGGCCGGCCUUAUCUCUCCUUGGAACUUGCCAUUGUAUCUUCUCUCAUUUAAAAUUGCUCCUGCGAUUAUUACGGGAAACACUGUCGUGUGCAAGCCGAGUGAAAUGACCUCCGUUACUGCCUGGAUGUUCGCUGGUGUUCUCAAUGAAGCAGGUUAAGCAGGCCAUUUAAUUCCAUUUCAACCAUACAAGUUUUUGUCAUCAACUUGUUAACAUGUUGCGUGCAGACAAUAUCAGACUUGUUGGAAUAACUUGUUACAAGUCUGUUGGCCUCAUCAAAUUAGUUACAAGAUAACAACUUGUUCCAGACUUGUCAACAACUGGGAACAAGUAUUGCAAACACAUCUUGUUGACAAGCUCUGAGCUAGGGCAUAAACACAUUUUAGCUGAAAAGAACUUUUUCCAUACAUCAUCUGUAGUAAUUCCACCUUCCAUACAGCCCUGUCGUAACGGGAUCUAAUUGAUAUAUUUAGUAGUAAUUUUCUAUUUUAUUUUUGAAGGUCUACCCCCAGGCGUGGUCAACAUGGUGUUUGGUGUGGGUCCUAAAUGUGGUGCAGCGCUUGUCCAGCAUCCAGAUGUCCCUAUAAUAUCCUUCACUGGUUCUACCGCUACUGGUCGUUAUAUCAUGGAGAAUAGUGCUCCGUACUUUAAGAAACUCUCUUUAGAGGUCUGGUAUACAAAUCUCAGCUUUAAAUUAAUACUAAACCUCUUCAUGCACGAGACCUCAGAACGACAUUGAUUCCAUUUCGGUCUUAUAACGUUUUGAAGUCAUAUCUUGUUUGCUAUAUCCUGUGCAGAGCUGGGAGAAUUCACGGGUGUACACAGGCUAGUUAGCUAGAGACAAUUAGUGACUGGGCCGGCUGCGAUGAAUUCAAGGUGGAUAAUGCUGUUUACAGUAAAUAAUAAACAAUAACGGCAGCAUUGACUUCGGAUAGCAUUUUCGAAAUAAAGAAUGAAAAACUGAAGGCCUAAAUAUUUAUGUUAUCACAGAAGGAAACCAGAGUUCCCGGAGAAAGCAUUCAGUGUUUUGAAAAGUGUAACUGGGAGUAAUCUUCUCAUACAUAACUGUUUCUUCCUGUUGAUUAUAUUUUGUUCUACUGUAAUUGCUCUUUUCACACAGCUUGGUGGUAAGAACGCGGGCAUAAUAUUUGAAGACAGUGAUCUCGAGAAAUGUAUUCCUGGUUCUGUAAGGUAACGAUCUAUUCACGCGAAACUUGCACAGAUGAAAAUAUUGUAUACACAUUACAUGUGCGAUGGCACGCGACUUUGGUUAGCUGUUUCUUAAUGCUUUCUCAACACUAUCAUGUAUUCUAUUGAAGUUGAAACAUAGUUGGAACACUCAUCAAAUCUUUAUUUUGUUAAUCUAGAGCUUGAAAUAUCCCCUGUAACAAUUCGUGACUGCUGUCCUUGUUUCACCGAGGAUUUUUGUUAAAGUAGUAAUCCUCACCGUUUAGGUCUGGGUAUACUAACCAAGGGGAAGUCUGUUUGAGCACUAGCAGAAUUUUUGUACAAAGGUCUAUUUAUAAGACGUUCUUGGAAAGGUUUAUCAAGGCAACGAAGUAAGUGAUAGGUUUAACGAAUCUAAACAAAACUUAUCUAAAGUAUUUUUACCGGAUAGCAUUUGCUGCAUCAUGAAAGGUAAGCCAUUAUCCCUAGAGGUCCAAUAUAUCUACAGGUUUCUACAGGAAGAAACCGGAAUACAUGUAUAGGAGAAAGCGAAGAGUCAAACUGCCAGGACAUUUCUUACAUGCUUUCGAAAUUAUAAUCAAACAACUACCAACUUGAGUAAAACCAAAGUCUGUUUCAGAAACUCCCCUAGGGGUUGGUUUCAGGGGAUGUUGUAGUUGCAAGCUGUAAAGCAUGUUUAACAAAACUCUACUUUUUAAUAACUUUACUAGAGAGUUAAAAGUCGGACGACCAAGUGACAAAGAUACGAAAAUUGGCGCUCUUAUAAGCAAGGAACACCUGGAGAAGGUACGUAUAGAGCUAAACUAAAACUAACUUUAUUUACUCUGGAUAGCUUUGUCAGUUUUAAACCGUUCAGUUCCUAAGCUAAUCCUCCAGUGUACUACAGGAGGAAGCCUAAAUGAAUGUUUGUUAGCGUCAUCAACCGUGUAACAAGGUGAUAACAACUUGUUCCAGUCACAGGGUCUUAGCUAGGAUUUUAGAUCUUGGGCGUGUUUCUAAUGACCAGGGCGUGCACAUGUCAAUUACUUUGAAUAGCAAAAUCAUGGCUCUAGUUAUGCUCACCAACAACAAUGCCUGUAGUUGUUCUAUGCUUUGCAACCAAAUACAAGGCGAGCAUACGCUCAUAUUGUGCACUGACAAUUAAGUUAUUUCAACAACUAUUGGGGGUAUUUAAAACCAUUUUAACACCAUACAGUUUCCAUUAUCCAUCAAAACAUUAAAACAUCACGGAUCACUUUUGCCAAUUCAACAACAACAGUAGAUUCUACAAACUUUCUUGACGUAAAUAGGAAGAAAUUCUGUCUGUUGUAAGUAGCACCACCUUAUUUUAUGAACCUUAUACACGGCCUUAUAUAAAUAGUGAAGCCGCGUUCAUUUUAUCUAGCCAUGUUUUUCCACUUUUGGCCGCGAUAACACGGCCAACACGGCCCUCUAGCUAAGACCCUGGUUCCAGACUUGUCAAAACAACUGGGAACAAGCAGUGCGAACACAUGCUCAUAUUGGCUUGACAACAACCUUGUUACAAUUUGUUUGCAGUUCUGUAACAACUUGCGUGUUUUUACUUGACAUGUGUAGGUUAAGAACUAUGUGAAGAUAGCAAGAGAUGAAGGUGGCGUGAUCGAGUGUGGUGAAGGAAAAGACCCAAUGCCCGAUUUGCCUGAAGAAAAUAAAAAUGUAUGUAGUAAUGCGAGUUUAAUGCGUUUUCAGUAAAUAUGAAUUAUGACAGCAUGUCAUCUUCUUUCUGCCAGGGAUAUUUCAUGUUGCCAACCGUCAUAACGGGUUUGACAGAUGACAGUACAUGUAUGCAGGAAGAAAUAUUUGGUGAGUAUAGUAUGGUAUGGUAUGGUAUGGUAUGGUAUAGUAUAGUAUAGUAUAGUAUAUGGUAUGGUAUAGUAUAGUAUAGUAUAGUAUAGUAUAGUAUAGUAUAGUAUAGUAUAGUAUAGUAUAGUAUAGUAUAGUAUAGUAUGUAUAUGGUAUGGUGUAGUAUAGUAUAGUAUAUGAUAUGGUAUGGUAUACUAAGGUAUACUAAUAAAGCAUAUGAUGUCAUGAGGUACUGUACAGUAUUGUACAGUUUAGUAUUGUACUGUAUGUGCAGUAUGGUAUGGUAUGGUAUGGUAUGGUAUGGUAUGAGUGUAUGACAUAGUAUGGCAUGGUAAUUCGUACUGUAGGUAUUCUAUAUUUCUAUCACAGUACUAUGGUAUGGUAUGUGAAAACAUAAUUAUGUUGUAUGGUAUAUGGUAAUUGUAUGUUAUGAUAUGGAGAAUGGUCAGGUAAAGGUUUAGUAUGAUAGUAAUAAAAUACUAAAUUUUAUAAAUACUUUUUGAAAAUCAUCUUUUUUUCACGCAGGCCCUGUGGUAUGUGUUGCACCAUUUGAUAGCGAAGAUGAGGUAUGGGCAAAUGUAUUUUUCAAACCUUAUAUUCCCAGUGCUGUACUUCACAAUGUUGUGUUUGUGUUAUGUAGGUGAUUGCACGUGCAAACAACGUGAAGUAUGGUUUGUGCUCCUCCAUCUGGUCUGAGAAUGUUGGACGAGUUCACAGAGUUGCUCAACAGCUAGAGGUAAUCAACCUUAUACCGUGCGUUGCUAUAUUCACCAUAAUACCAGACCAUUCCAAACCAGUAUGAUAUCCAUCUAUAUUAUGCAAUACCAUGCCAUUUCAAGCCAUACCUACUGUAGCAUUCAUUAUACCAUGCCAACACCAUACGAAACCAUACCAUGCCACAACAUACUGCACCAUUCCUCAACACAACAUACUACACUCUACCAUACCAUACCAUUUUGUACCAUAUAUGUACCUUACCAUACCAUACCAUACCAUAUCACAACAUACCAUACCACAACAUACCAUCUUGUACCAUAUAUGUACCUUACCAUACCAUACCAUGCAACAGCAUACCAUACCACAACAUACUAUACCAUACCAUACCACAACAUACCAUCUUGUACCAUAUAUGUACCUUACCAUACCAUACCACAGCAUACCAUACCAUACCACAGCAUACCAUACCAUACCAUACCACAGCAUACCAUACCAUACCACAACAUACCAUCUUGUACCAAAUAUGUACCUUACCAUACCAUACCACAGCAUACCAUACCAUACCAUACCACAACAUACCAUCUUGUACCAUAUAUGUACCUUACCUUACCACAGCAUACCAUACUAUACCAUACCACAACAUACCAUCUUGUACCAUACCACAUCAAUGACAUCAUACCACACCAUACCACAUCAAUGACAUCAUACCACACUAUAACACACCACAACAUACCACACCACACCGCCACCAUGCGUGUGAUACCACAGACCAUAUCGUACAACCCAUACCAUAUACAACUAAACCACAGUACAUAUUUGUUUCAGGUUGGCACGGUAUGGUGUAAUUGCUGGCUCUUACGUGAUCUCAACAUGCCUUUUGGUGGAGUUAAAGCUUCCGGAAUUGGACGUGAAGGAAACUUUGAAUCUCUAGAGUUCUAUACAAACACCAAGACAGUGUGUGUCAGAUACUGAAAACAAAACUUGGGCAAAUAGUUGUAGAAUGAUGUACAUGUUACCUUUAAGUCAAAAUAUUUAUUUAAACAGACAAUCUGCAACUACUAUUUGUUCUAGUGAAGGACAUAGAAGGACAGCCAUAAGUACAACUAUAUUCUUCUCAUAGGCAUACCAGUAGCUAGGAGGUUUGAUUGUUUGAAAUUCAAAGAAUGUUUAAUUUUUUAUUCAAGCAACGAGUAUAAUUAUCCUGGGUUUUAUUACAUCUGCAAUUUCCAGAUUUACGUCUUUUUAAACAGCCCCACAAGCAUAAAAUAUUUUUACACUGUAGGUGUUCCACAUGUAGUGAUGUAGGGUUGUCAAUUUAUGAGGCCGUUUGCAGAAAAGCAUAUACAAGAAACUGAAUUUAUUUCGUUUCGAGUUAUAAACAAUCAAAGAGGGCAAAACGUGGCCAAAUUAUAAAACGUCAUGAGGCAUAAAAUCCUUUUUACGUUUUUGCGGUCUUUCUAACAGUAUGGAUAUUUUUGGUAAAAGUAUGCUUGGAAAUUUCACUUUUUUAGAAGGCAGAAUCAAAUCAAAUUUUUUUAGCAAAAUUAGUGCGAAUUUUUCUGUGUGUGUGCAAAUUUAGUGCUUUCACAUUUUGAUCAAUAAACUUUCGUGCGUAAGUGAUUACUGGUAAACAUUUUGGAAGCAUUCGAGAAAACAUCAAUGUUUUCGCAACGAUGUGGCUUAGUUUUGUCGAUUGCCAGGGUUUUAGUUUCAUGGUGAAUGUCUUAUUAGGCUACAAAUUUGUGUCGUUUGGUGUUUCAUCGUCUUCGAUACCCACAAUAUAGUUGAUGUAGGCUUCUUCGUGAUCACCUUGAUCUUCGUCUAUCAUAAGUGGUAGAUAAUCCUGGAAAUAAAUAAAGCCCAUUUAC